GUAAUCUCUCGCGGACGUUAUUCUACAAUUGUCGAGUGCCAUGGUCCAGUUAGACUGCUCAAAAGCAACUCAGACAGAGGAUGGAGCCUCGCGCAGUUCUUCACCUUCUUCAGUCGCCAGGAGGUGUACGUGCAGUUGCAAAGACAACGCUGCUUUUCUGUCACCUACACCCCUCCCGUCCGUCCUUUCCUUGCAGUCUCAUGUUGCCCGAAGCUGCGUUGGUGGCGCAGCAUUUACUUUUCCGCUGCAGCGCCAGGGCUUUCAUGUCAACUGCAUAUACACCACACAAUUCGUAGACAUGUACGUCCACGAAGGUACAAUUCUAUCGCCGCUGGCCUUGCGCACGCUUCUUGAAGGCGUAUCGCCUACGCCAUCUGCUCUGCAUCGAAUGCUCGAGAAUGAAAAUUGCGCUCUGUGCUUGAAGUACGCAGCUAGUGGCAGAGCUGCAAAGUGCGAGCGAGAACACGAGACUGACGUGUGCAGCGCCGCCGAGAAGGCAAGGCACUCCGAUGCUACCGCUCCGCAGUCAACAGAGAACAGCAAGCGCUCACUCCGAGGUUGGUCUACACGACCACACAAUUACAUUGCAUCGGGUUUCAUUGGCAGCCGUCCGCUCAUUUCCGAAUUUUCUCGCUGGCUUUACAGGAUUCAUGACAUCUACGCCAAGGAAAACUGCACCCGUCCACUCUACCUAUGUGAUCCCGUGCUUGGUGACGGUGGUCAUGUCUAUGUGCCUCCAGAAUGCCUUCCAGCGUACGCCCGCCUUCUGCUGCCACUCGCAGACAUCAUUACUCCGAACUCCUGGGAAGCAAUGUGGCUAGCUGCCUACGCUGAACAGUCUGCGUCGAAUCUAUCCGGUUCACAAAAAUACGCUCAGCAGGAAAUGGCUUCCGAAGACGAGCCACCACAUGAACAAAGAAGGGAUCCGGCGUCCGGAGGCGCAGGCGCUGGCUGGCAGCCGUUCACGAGUUCUGAUGGCCAUGAGGGGGUACAUCCUGUGAGUGCACCUAGAACGAUAUCAGAUGCGGUGUUCCUAGUCAACCAGCUUCACACAUUUGGUCCCGAAAUUGUUAUAAUCACUUCGGUGGAUCUUCCCGAUGAAGUCAGCGGGCCGAUUAACGACGGAACCCAGGGGUCGUCACAGCGGGUUGCAGAACGCGAGGAGUCUUCUGAUUCGGCCUCUUAUUUAUAUCUGAUUGCUUCUCGCCAAGCCAGAAACUCGCCUCGUUGCACGCCAUCGUGUUGGAGUCCAGCCGGCGUAAGAGAACUUAAAUGUUCUGUCCACCCGCAAAACGACCAUCUCGCGCUUUCAGCUGCAGCCGGCUCUGCGUCAGCCCGUGAUGUUCAGGGACAAAGUUUAACGGGUGAGGAACGGGAUGAUAACCAGACUGACCUGAAAACGCGUUUGUCAAGGUGCAGCAUGCACGUGUCCACACCCACAGGAUUUUCACACUCAUCGAAAGCCUCUCCUUUGAAAGGCUCAUCCGAGGGGCCACUCUUAAGGGAAAAGGCCCAGAUUCCUUCAAACCCUGGAGAACAUGAACGGCAGACACUGCAGAAGGAUCUUGUGACAGAGUCAGAAGAUGGAGACGUCGUCUAUGUUGUGCGUUUCCCGAAACUGGCGACACCUCUCUGCGGCACCGGAGACACAUGGGCUGCUCUUUUUCUAGCGGCUUUCCACAAAUCCCGCUUCUGCCUCCGCACAGCCAUUGAGAUCGCGCUGUCCGGCACGCAGGCGGCGAUCCGCCACACAUUCAAGCUUCACGGACGUUGCAGCGAAUGCAUCGACGUCAUCGGUAGCUGCGGUGCAGUGGACGCCGCUCCUGUUCUCCAUCGAGCAGUACGGAUUCAGCGGUCAUGUACAAGGAUGUUGCCUUCUGGUAGAGAAUAGCUUGUGAAGAGAAGAUGUACAACAUAUCCGCCGAUUGCCGUUUUGUUGUACCACGUUCCACGUUUAUGUACUGACUCCGAACACACAACACAACCAACGCGCCCAUCUGGAGGUGACAACAAACCAAUGAACAGUCAAAGGGAUUUGAGCUCUGUUUCAGUCUCCUAUGGUCCUGAUCCACGUUCUUGUGUCAAGGUAAUUGUUCUUUGACUCAUUACACAGUAGGAAUGUCGAUAAAUGCGUUUAUGGGACGCUACGGGAGAUACAUGUGUCUAUUUCGGGCUUCUUAAACCGUCUAGGAAACGCAAUUUCAACGCCGACGAAGCCUUUUGUACCUUGUAUUAAUUCGCUAAUCAUUCAUGAUUCUUUAUGACCGCCGACGCCACGUGAUGUGUACCAGCCACAGGGGGUUCGCAGCUUCGACUCGUCAAUUUCGCUUGAAGGGAGAAGCAUUCUCUAGGGGGGACUGCGGGGAACCGCUGUUCUAGUACUCUCACGAUAGGCCGCUUAUAGGUUCAAUCUCCGUACAGUUUCUGUCUUUCUGAACAUAACUUUUGAGAUGGAGGCG